AAUGGAUUUCGAAUGUCGCAGUUGAAAAUUGUAACGUUCGUGGAGCACAACACCACUGUUAUAGGAGUCGGUAUAUUUACCAACUCACAAUUUCGUUCUGUCUCUUGAAGAAAUCAGCCAGUCAUUCACCUAAAGUGAUCCGAAGAUGCAGAAUAAACUUUUGACAGUGCUUCUCUUUAAUUUGAUGUUGAUACGAGCUGAUGACAGACGUGAAGUGCUGCAGAACAAGGACAUGUUCGGUGGUGACAUGGCUGGGGGAAUGAAUGUCCCGACAAUCAACUCCACCAAUUUCAUGGACCAAUCCUCUGGCAGGUGUUGGUCCUCUGUGGGCAUGAAUCGUCUUGGGAGCCAGACGUUGAACCUUCAGUCACGAAGUUGUUGGUACAAAGGAACCAUCAUUCACGAGUUCCUGCAUGCCUUUGGGUUCUUGCAUGAGCACCAGCGAUACGACAGAGACCUCUUCAUCACUAUCAACCAAAAUAACGUCAAUCCCGAUUAUUCGAGCUCCUUCACAGUGGACGCCCGGGCUUCGUCCACCGACGUGGGAAUUCCCUAUGAUGUGGAAUCCAUCAUGCACUACGGGGCUUUCGCUUUCGGCCUUCUUAACAAAACCUCAUACGAAUACCUGCAAACAAUCGUUGUGAAAAGUGACCCAACACGGCUGCUCCUCGAGCCAUACGACAAAAUGAACAUGUCCGAAGGAAACGUGCAAGAAAUUGCCUUGUUUUACAAGGGAGAAUGCACCUUGACCACCAGCAGCAGCAGUAGCACAACCACAACAACAACAACAACAAGGACGACGAAGACGACGCCUACAAAAGCAACAACAAUGACAACUACUACUGGUGCCAAGACAACUACCAAACCAGUUACUACUGUUCUUCCAACCAUCACUACCAGCAGGACUAAAUUUCCACGCACUGCGUCAAAUUUACGCUGGGUUCUUCAACAACUUGCUGGACUUUGGUCAAGAACUUGAUCCAAAAUGUGUGGAAUGCAAUUCCAUGAUUAAAAUUCCCCGAAAAAAAUCUCGAGAAAAAGGGCGAGAACUACAGCGAUACAGUUUGACCAUGUAUGAGAGCUGCUUCGUUUUCUAAUUAUUUUUUUCUCAAAUAAACAAAAUUUAAUAUUGAAGCGAAAUUGGUCUGAGAGUGAAUCCCGGUACAAUAUGUGGAAGAAGACGUGGAUUUGAUCACUAUA